AUGGAACAGACUCAAGCACCCGAGACCGUUCCUACCAGACCUCGUCGCAUCCGCCUGCACCAUCCAGGCCGCUUCCGAAACGUCACCAUAGGCCUCAUGAUCGCAACCAUGACCGUUUUCGGCAUCCUCGUCAUGGUCGCCCUCGCGCACACGCCCAAAGUGAACAAUAACGAACUCUUCAACAACAAUUCGACCAAAGGCGGCGGCGACUACACCACCACAGCAGUCAUCACCGUCACCGCUGUCACCGAUCAGGUGCCUACCGCGAUGGUACCCGAUCGAGAGGAGAGUCGUGUCCUUCCCGAGGUCCCCGAGACGAAGGGCAUGCCCGUCGUUACCCGUGGCCCCAUCUCGAGUGAUGCUGCGUCUAUCUAGAAUUUCUCUCAGCGACACCUGGAUGGUCAUUUAGUAGACCGACGCCGCUUUCGAAACCUCGUACAUAUUUGAGGGGGAGGGGGGUAGGAUUUGGCUGAGAAGAAGGAGAAGAAGAAGCUACAGUGGGCUCGCGAAGUCGAUUAUUGCCCUGGGUGUCCCAGCACGACGGAAGAAGUGUACUGGUGCGGAGAGGACAAAGGGUUUCCAUGAGAUCAUGGGGGGAACAGGAACAACGGAGGAUGGGAGGCAUUCUGACUUUGUCUUUGCUUUCACGGCGGCGGGAGUUGUAACAAAG